UGCUAUCUUGACUAAUUAUCAAUAGCAAGCGAGCUUAAUUAAUUACAAAGAAAUAAUACAAAUGGUUUAUUGGUGUCCGAAUUGUCAUGAUGCCUCAGUCGUACCUCCAUUCUCCACACAGGGGAUGUCGGGGUGUGACCAAAGCACUGUCGAAUCAUUGGCCGAAGAUCCAACAGAUUCACCAUUCGUUGCCGAUGAGUGUCUCAAAGUACGCAAGUACUGGUGUUUUUUGCUCUCCAGCAUUUUUACCUUCCUUGCUGGUCUAUUUAUUGUGCUACUAUGGCGAGCGUUUGCAUUCAUUUGCUGUCGCAAGGAGCCCGAUUUGGGCCCCAACGAUCCCAAGCAGAAGGAGCAGAAGGCGUCACGCAACAAGCAGGAAUUCGAAGGUACCUUUAUGACAGAAGCCAAAGACUGGGCUGGCGAGCUUAUAUCGGGACAAACAACAACAGGACGAAUUUUGGUCGUACUUGUAUUUAUACUCAGCAUUGCAUCACUCAUUAUUUACUUCGUGGAUGCAUCUAGCGAAGAAGUCGAAAGAUGUCAAAAAUGGAGUAAUAACAUUACUCAACAAAUCGAUCUCGCAUUCAAUAUAUUUUUUAUGGUUUACUUUUUUAUACGAUUCAUAGCGGCGUCCGAUAAACUUUGGUUUAUGUUAGAAAUGUACAGUUUUGUAGAUUAUUUUACAAUACCCCCGUCCUUUGUAUCAAUAUAUUUAGAUCGGACAUGGAUCGGUCUUCGAUUUCUUCGAGCGUUACGUCUCAUGACUGUACCGGAUAUUUUACAAUAUUUAAAUGUUCUAAAAACAUCGAGUUCGAUACGCUUGGCUCAACUAGUAUCAAUUUUUAUAUCAGUAUGGUUAACAGCAGCGGGCAUAAUACAUCUGCUGGAGAACUCUGGCGAUCCGCUGGAUUUUAAUAAUGCUCAUCGAUUAUCCUAUUGGACCUGUGUCUAUUUCCUAAUUGUGACCAUGUCAACGGUAGGAUAUGGUGACGUUUACUGUGAGACUGUAUUGGGAAGGACAUUUCUUGUGUUCUUUCUACUCGUCGGCUUGGCUGUGUUCGCUAGUUGGAUACCAGAAAUCACUGAACUGGCAGCGCAAAGAAGCAAAUAUGGUGGAACAUAUAGCAAGGAUCCUAGAAAAAGACACAUUGUCGUUUGCGGACAUAUAACGUACGAGUCGGUGUCGCAUUUCUUAAAGGAUUUCCUGCACGAGGAUCGUGAAGACGUGGAUGUGGAGGUUGUAUUUUUACAUCGCAAGGAGCCUGAUCUGGAGCUAGAAGGUCUGCUGAAGCGUCACUAUACGACAGUGGCGUUUUUUCAGGGCACCAUGAUGAAUGCCGUCGAUUUGGAGCGAGUCAAGGUACACGAAGCUGAUGCCUGCUUGGUACUGGCCAAUAAAUAUUGCCAAGAUCCCGAUGCUGAAGAUGCUGCCAACAUUAUGCGAGUCAUCUCAAUUAAAAACUACAGCGAAGACAUACGAGUGAUUAUACAACUUAUGCAAUAUCAUAAUAAGGCUUAUUUACUAAACAUACCGUCAUGGGAUUGGAAACAGGGCGACGAUGUCAUUUGCUUGGCCGAGCUUAAGCUUGGCUUUAUAGCGCAGAGUUGUCUCGCACCAGGCUUCUCAACUAUGAUGGCGAAUUUAUUUGCCAUGCGAUCAUUCAAAACUUCACCAGAUACACAGGCCUGGCAAAACGAUUAUCUCCAAGGUACCGGCUGUGAGAUGUACACCGAAACCCUCUCACCUUCAUUUACCGGCAUGACAUUCCCACAAGCCAGCGAACUGUGCUUUUCGAAACUGAAACUAUUGCUGGUGGCUAUCGAAAUCAAAGGUGCCGAAGAGGGUGCGGACAGCAAAAUAUCUAUAAAUCCGCGUAACGCAAAAAUACAGGCCAACACACAGGGCUUCUUUAUAGCGCAAAGUGCUGACGAAGUAAAGCGCGCCUGGUUCUAUUGCAAGGCCUGUCACGAGGACAUCAAAGAUGAAACGUUAAUCAAGAAGUGUAAAUGCAAAAACUAUGUGGGCAUGAUUAUGAUGCAGACCGGAAUGGUGAAUCAAGGCAUUACCUCAGUCCUUAACCAAAUGGAGGAUGAUUUCCAUCCAGCACCCACAUUUACGCCGCCAGAGCUGCCCAAGCGGGUGCAUGUGCGCGGAUCAGUAACGGGUGACAUGGCGCGCGAUAGAGAGGAUGUGAACCUCAUAAAUCGCAAUGGCCGUCGUACAAACGGCACCGGUAACGGUAGUACAGGGUUGCAUAUGAAUUCAAUAGCAGCAAAACAAGUUAACAAGGUGAAGCCUACAAUUAACCGGCAACAGGUUGAAGGACAGGUGAUAUCACCAUCGCAGUACAACAGGCCGCCAGAAAACGAUGCUAACCCAUAUGCGGGCUAUCAACUCGCUUACGAAGUUAAAAAGCUCAUGCCGACCAGCCGAAGUUCCGGCACGGGCACACAAAAUCAAAAUGGGGGCGUUACACUACCGGCCGGUAUUGCGGAUGACCAAUCGAAAGAUUUCGAUUUUGAAAAGACAGAAAUGAAGUACGAUUCAACGGGCAUGUUCCACUGGAGUCCGGCUAAAAAUUUAGAAGACUGCAUACUGGAUCGCAAUCAAGCGGCAAUGACCGUUCUAAAUGGUCAUGUUGUCGUAUGCCUUUUUGCCGAUCCAGAUUCGCCGCUAAUCGGAUUGCGCAAUCUGGUGAUGCCAUUGCGCGCUUCUAACUUUCACUAUCACGAACUGAAACAUGUGGUGAUAGUCGGUUCGGUGGAUUAUAUACGACGUGAAUGGAAGAUGUUACAGAAUUUGCCAAAGAUAUCGGUGUUAAACGGUUCGCCGCUAAGUCGCGCCGAUUUGCGUGCCGUAAACGUGAAUCUGUGCGAUAUGUGUUGUAUAUUGUCGGCGAAAGUUCCUAGCAACGACGAUCCGACGCUGGCCGAUAAGGAGGCCAUUCUAGCGUCGCUCAACAUCAAGGCAAUGACCUUUGACGAUACGAUCGGUGUACUGAGUCAACGUGGGCCCGAAUUCGAUAAUCUGAGCGCGACCGCUGGCAGCCCCAUUGUGCUGCAACGGCGCGGCUCUGUUUACGGCGCGAAUGUGCCCAUGAUAACAGAACUGGUCAACGAUAGUAACGUGCAGUUUCUCGAUCAAGACGAUGACGAUGAUCCGGAUACGGAGCUAUAUCUGACGCAGCCGUUCGCCUGCGGCACCGCCUUCGCCGUUAGUGUUCUCGACUCGCUGAUGUCGACGACGUACUUUAAUCAAAACGCUUUAACGUUAAUCCGCUCACUAAUCACCGGCGGCGCUACACCAGAGCUGGAACUCAUACUCGCCGAAGGUGCUGGUUUGCGUGGCGGCUACAGCACCGUGGAUAGUCUUAGCAAUCGUGACAGAUGUCGUGUUGGCCAAAUUUCCCUGUAUGAUGGUCCAUUGGCACAAUUCGGCGAAUGCGGCAAGUAUGGUGAUCUAUUUGUGGCGGCUCUUAAAUCGUACGGCAUGCUUUGUAUUGGUCUCUACCGAUUUCGGGACACGAGUUCGAGUUGUGAUGCAAGUAGCAAACGUUACGUUAUAACGAACCCACCCGAUGAUUUUUCACUACUGCCAACAGAUCAGGUUUUCGUACUAAUGCAAUUCGAUCCGGGCUUAGAGUAUAAACCGGCCGCUGUGCGUGCGCCAGCUGGCGGUCGUGCUGCCAACACACAAGGCUCCGGGGUCGGUGGGGGUGGUUCAAACAAGGAUGAUAACUCUUGAUUGUUACUGUGUAGCGCCUUAACUGAUGGUCCUUACUCGUACAUUUGAACGAUGGAGCAAGCAAUCGGGUACAAAAUAGCGCAUUUCUGGCAAUUAAUAAUCGGCAAAAUAUGGCAAAAACUGCGUGCGGCAAUGCAAAAUGUAUCCGACCAAAAGUAUUAGCAAAUGAAUUAAAACUUGGUAACAAGAAAAAAACGAAAACAGUAAAUGCCGCAGCUGAAAACUAAUUGUAAAUUGAAGAAAAAUUAUGUGAAAAAAUUAUGUAUUUAAGAGACCAAGUAAAUGCGCUAUUUUGUACGUUUAUAUUUGCACAGACAUUCGCCAAUGCAAACCUCAUGGAAAACAAAACCCAACCAACUAAAUGAGGGAUGCAACAAAAGUCGUUUGAAUUCAUACUCAAUUGGAAGCAAAUGUCUUUGCAAAUAUAAAACUUAAACUCCAACAAAGAAAGUAUACGACUGAUUCAAUAUUGGAUCGGUAAGAGUAAAUUCCAUCGUUCAAAUGGUAAAAAGAUUGCUUCCCACACCAUUCCGCAAAGCCCUAACUACGUAAUUAAUUUUUCCAAAAACUUAUUAACAAUCUCUAAGUGAAUUGAAAAAGUUGAUUUUUUAAUUUUAAUUUUAAUUUUUUUUUUCAGUUUUAAACUAAUUUUUAUAAUUAAUUGGAAUUUCGCUUUAAAUUUUAAUAUAUUUUUGAUAAUAUUCACUGCACUCACAUCCAGCGUCCCUAAAUUUAAAGAUCUAUUUUGUAGCUUACAAUUAGUUUAGUUUUGAAACUUUUCAAAUUAUUGCUUAUAUCUUCAAAAAAACUAGGAUUGUACGAACUUUUCUAUGAUUAAGUUUUGGUUUAAGUAAAGUUGAAUAUAUAAAUGUGCGUAUGUGUGUAGCUUUAUAUGCAAUCCUGUGUUGUUAUUUUGUAUAUUAUUUGUUGUUGCAUGGUAUUUAAAUGCAUCAGUAAUAUUGCUAAAGCUAUUAAAAUAGAAACACACAAAAGAUCGCUUUUCCCAUUUUUUCGAAUAUUUGAUAUUUGGACUAAUUGGGUUUUUGGACUCCUAAAAGUAUACGAAACUGAUGUCCUAAAGGUAUAUUAAACUGAUGAGAGCGAAGUAUUUGGAUGUGAAAAAAAUAUUUUAUAAGUCAAAGAUAUUUGUAUUUUGAAAAAAAAAAAAACUCCAUUUAGUAGAAGUCUGUAGCUAUAUUUUCUACAGUUUCGUAGCACAAGGCAUCCACUCAAGUAUAAAACUAUUGAAAACCAACCCCUGGAAAAGUGUGCAACAGAAUUUGUCUCCCAUAUUCAAAUUAUUAUUUAGCAUUAUUAUUUAUUGUUUCAUUUCAGCGAAGAGUACUACUACAUAUUUUUGAAAGGUAAGAGGCCGAAGUAUGUUAAAGGUUUUCUUUUCGAAAUAAAGAAAAAAAAUACAUUUUUGUUUCAAUUUUUUUUUUUUUGGUGGGGGAGGUAGGGUUCGCACUUACAGCGCCCGCCGUCUAUUGCGUCGAGUGGUGUGACCACAAUCCUUCCUCUCCUCUCCUUCUAGGGGGACUCCCUUCCUGGGACUAUUUUCUGCAUAACUUCAAGAGGACCCAGAACGGCAUCCAUAAAAGACCAAUUCUAUUCACCCAUCUAGGUCCACCGUAUUUAUAGCCAGCUUUCUUGCUAUAUCGCCUUCUUGUGUCUCUCUCUGUGAUGCUUCCCUUUUUUGCACUGUGUUGAGGUCACUUUACCGCGUUCCAGCUGUCCGCGCGUUCGAGAAUUUGACUGAUUAUGUUGCUCGGCGUAAUGUCGCCAAUCUGCUGGCUCAGAGCAUCUCUUUCCGCGAGCCAAAAAAUUAGCUUUAUUCACCGAGUUUCAAACUCUCUACAGAUAUUAGAAGUUUAGCGAUCUUCUGUGUGUGUGUUUCAAAUAAAUUAAAAUUUUUUGUUUUUAACUUUUUAUUUAAUUAUAGUUCACUUUUAUUUAAACUUUUAAAGC